GCCCGGAGCGCGGGCGGUGGGUGCGGAGCGGGAGCGGGAGCGGGGCGGCCCCUCCGCCUCACGGGCACCGCGGGCUCAUCGCCCCCCGCAGGGCGGCCGGGAGCCCCGGUGGGACGAGCACCGCCUGGAAUGAUCCCGGGAUGAGGAUGAUCGAGAGCGCGGACUCCGCCGUGGCCAGGUCGGGCGAGGACCUCUGGGCCGAGAUCUGCUCCUGUCUGCCGCAUCCCGAGCACAAGGACGCCGGCGAUGCUUUCACGGACUCCUUCACGGAUUCCUACGUGCAGGAGAGCGGAUCGGGAAGCUCUUCCCAGCCCGGCCCGAAGCCCUGGGCACCGCUGAACGACUCCGAGGUGUAUUUGGCAUCCCUGGAGAGAAGACUGAUGAGGAUCAGAGGCCUGUCCCAGGAGGUGACCUCCAAGGACAUGCUGCGCACGCUGUCCCAGGCCAAGAAGGAAUGCUGGGACAGGUUCCUGCAGGAGAAGUUUGAGGCAGAAUGUUACCUCGAGGGCCACGAUGCCGACGAGAGCACGCUGGAGCACCUGAAGCGCUGGCUGCAGCCUGACAAAGUGGCCAUCAGCUCCGAGGAGGUGCAGUGCCUCAUCCCGCCGGAAUCGCAGCCGGAGAAGCCGGAGGCCGAGGAGGAGCCUCCGGCUGCGGAGCAGUGAGAGCCCCGGGGCUGCCUCUUGUCCCAGCCCCCAGGAGGAUGUACCCAGCCACAGGAAUAGGAGGAAGGGGGGCACAGAGUGAAUUAUCAGUAAUUGAAAAAGUAAUUUUUAAAAGAAAGAACGCCCAACACACCAAAUCCCAGCUCUGGAGCUCCGCAGACAGCGACUGGCGCGGGGAGGGACGAGAGGGAACGCCUGGGACACGGCUGAACCCAAACCUCACGGUCAUCUUCUCCAGCCUGCAGCCCCCUCGUCAUUCCAGCCUGGAUGUGGAUUGUUUGGGAUCCAUCAGGAGACACAUUAAACAACAACAACAAAAGCAGUUGUGGUGGAGAAGCACCAGGAAACAUCACGGUCCAGAAUGGAGCAGAGAAACCGCUGAAUCACUUUGGUCCUGUCUUUUACCUUUUCAUUACUCACCUGGGCAUUUUUUUCCUCUCCUGCCAAAUCCACUUUGGUGUUUUCUCCAGAUCUUCACUGUUUCAGUCUGACUUGGCCCCUAGCUGUGCCAGGAAGAUGGAUGUUUCCCACCUCUGUGAAUUUGGGACCUUGAAGGAAGCUCUCACUGCAGUCAAUAAAUUGAUGUUGUCUUUGUGGCUAUUGUAGCUACUUCACAUUCCUCUCUGUAUUGUACCCCCUAAUAUCCCACUUUAUUGCCCAAAAUCUCUAUUACAGAUUGUAGGGGGGAGUAUUUUUUCCUCUUGUUGGUCGUUUUGUACCUGUUCAGCCUCUUUAGAAAAAAAAAUGAGAUGAGAUUCCGUAUUGGGAAACCAAGAGGGGUAGCCAGAGGGGCUGCAGACAACUUGUUUUCAUCACAGAAUUGCAUAGAAUUCUCUGACUUGAAAUAUAUUUAGUAUUAAAUUGUUUUUUCCACCCUGCUUAACUCUUCAAAGGGUUAUUCCCUUUUAUUAAUCCAAGAGUCUGUGAUUUUGUGCUGAUUUUCGCUGAUCUGUGUGUUCUGCCCUGGUACCAACACUGGGGGUCGGUAGAGGGAAGCAGCACAGUCUGUCAGAGCUUCUUCGGGGAAAUUGCGGUUCUAGGAGUUAAUCCUCACCGGAUUCAUGCCGUGUUCAUUUAUGGAUCUGUUUGAAAAUACUUUUUUAGGAGUAAAUUUUUGCUGGAGCCUCCCAGUUUCCUGUCUCUGUACCCAGAGAGGGGCACUGCUCUCUCAGUCACCACGUCACCACUCGGAGGUUGUUCCCACCAUCAGCUUUCCUGGUGUAACUCCCACCCCAGCUCACCUCCCAGAAAAGUCCCACUCAGAAUUCUCCAUUAAAACAAUCCCUUGUUUUUUAAGCCUUGAGGAAUGGGGUGAAUCAUCUGAGUGCCAGUGAUGUCUCGCUGGUUUGGUCAUUAAAUGUCCCUUUUAAUUUAUCCUUUAACUGUCCUUUAUUAUGUUAAGUCUGUGUCCCUGUGCAGAUCUCUCUCACCUGAUGUGACAAAGCUGUGACAAAGAUGCAGAACUCUGAGCUCUUCCCAGAAAUGGUUUGUGCAGAGAGACAAAGCAGCAAUUUCUCUGUCCCCAGACGAUUUCCCAGUCAAUAAAAUUCUUCUCAUGGUAGCAAGCACCGUGAGGAUGCUUUAUGUUAUCUUAUCUGUUCUUAAACAUAUUUGAGGAAGAAAUGUACCCAAAAGAACUGUGCUGAAAUAAUUCCACAUCCACAUCACCAGGCAUUUCCUUUGGAGAAGGGACCUGAGGGAACAGCUCUUAUCAUUUCACUUGUAAAAAUAAUAACCAUUCCAAGAUUCUGUGAACUGCUCUCUGGAAACAUGUGUGGGGCAAAAGAAAAUCCAAAUGAUAAUUGCAAA